GUAGAAAAAAUGCAUGCGGCAGCAAUCUUCGCCAAGAGACGGGCAGCCGGUGUUCGAGAUCGCCAUGUUUGUAUUAGCCAACAUAAACCUCAAUACACGUGUGCGUUGGUUGCGAGAUAAAGUGUGAAUAAAAGAGUAUUUUCUUGCAAUUUUUAACCAAAUAUAACGCUAUUCGUAGGUACCAAGCUGCCGCACUGCAAAAACCAAAAUGAUUGCUGGUCGUCCACUGCUCUUUCUAUCGCUGCCAAGUCUAGCGCUAAUUGUGGGACUGGUUUGGUACCGUCGCAAAUUCAAGCCGGACGCAGGUGAUCGUGGCGGAGAAAAAAGCAAAGAAUGUGAAAGUACGAUCACGUCGCGCGGUGUCAGUGCAGCGGAGCUCGAGCCGGACAUGCGACAGAGUUCUUCACUGCCGAUACAACAGUCGGCUAACAGCAGCAAUGGGGCGGAAAACUGGGAAAACUGUUCGGGUUCGGGCCAUUCGUCGGCCGGUUCGUCGCGUUCGGCCCCGAUAGACAUCGUGCCGAACAAGAGUCCCUCCAAGGGCGACGACACAAACGACCUGUUGGGUCGUUUGAACCUGGUAGAGCAUGAUAAUGAGGAGUUCAGCUUCAGCCCGUCGAUUGACUUACCCGGCUCGGUCGUUUCACGCUAUCCGACCAACCUGAGAAAAUUCAACCAAAUGAUGGAACCGACGAAGGAACCGGUCGUGAUACGUCCGACCAAGGCGGCAUCACUGCAGAGCGGACACUUCCGGAUGUCGGAUGAAAAUGGUAACGCCAGUCCGGAAUCUUCCCCGCCGCAGAAACAUAACACACCACAGCAGCAAACACAAGGCAAUGAGAGUGACCGGGUGAACGGUAACAGCGUGACGGAAUGUAACGAUACGAUGAACGGUGAUACCUUUGACCGGAAAACGGAAACGUUUGAUGAACGUAACGAACAAACCGGUAGCCCUCCGCUCAGCAUUUGUAGCGUGCGCUCCGAAGACUCGGGCAAGGGCUCCAGCCCACCGCACUCGGUUGGACCUUCGGCGUCCAUGUACGAGUUCCUGGUGCCCGCCUUUCUCGUGGCCGGCGUGCUUGGCAAGGAUGGUUCGUUUGUGAAGCACAUCAAAAAGAAGACCGGUGCCAACGUGAUCAUCAAGCGCAAUCCGGAUACACACGUUAGCAAAAUUUGCACACUGGACGGUACGCAGCAGGAAAUUCAGGACGCGCUGAGAGUGAUCCGGGAUAAGUUCCCCCUGAAACGGUUUCCCACCCUUACGCUGCAGCGCAUUGAAAUUAGCCGCGUCGAGACGGUAAUACCGAUAUCGUUGAUGAAUGACACGUGCUCAAGCCUGCCGCUGGUCGAGGGUAUCAACAAUGACGUCGCCAUUAGUUGCAUCAUAAACGUUGGCCAUCUGUUUGUGCACCAACCGCUCCAUCCAACCCACCUGACGCUUAACAGUAUGCAGAACUCUCUUAAUCAAAGUUACACCGCCAACGAGGCUCCCGUACUGCCAGAGAUCAUACCGAACGCGGUCUGUGUGGCGUUCGUCGCCGAAAACUGGUAUCGGGCGCAGGUCGUACAGCACAUCCCGGAAAGCAAUUUGGUUUUAGUGAAAUAUCUGGACUACGGUGGUUUCUCAAUGCUGCCCCCACUAAACCUACGUCAAAUCCGAACAGAUUUCAUCUCCGUACCGUUCCAAUCGAUAGAAUGUGUACUGUCCAACAUUCAGCCGAUUGAUGAUAGCUGGUCUGUGGAAGCCACCGAACAGUUCCGUAGGUUAACAAAUAAUGCUAUCAUGCAAGCACAAGUAGCGGGAUAUACUGAGGAGGGUGUUCCCGAAAUUUACCUAUUUUCUUCAAUAGCAAAAGAUAAUGUAAUUUUCAUUAAUCAAGAAAUGGUUGCUCGCGGCUACGCUAGAUGGAUUGACUGAACUGUGUGAAUGCAAAGUAGGUGAACAAAUUAAUAACAAAUUUAAAAUGCAUAUAUAAGGAACAAUCGAUGAGAUUGAAGGUAAGGGAGUGCGCUAGGAAGAUAAUGUGGGGAAUGGGAAUUACAGCAAGAACGAGAACGAUCAGCAGACUGUUUUUGGGUGAUGUCAAGGGCUUGUCAAACAGUUAGAAGAAGCAUUAAAGCAUUAGUGCGAUCAAAAGUGACGAACGAGUAGCGGUGUGGCUUGGUUCAAAAAGCCACUUCCCAUCCUAUUUAAACACAUUUAAAUAUCUUCUCGUUCCGGUUACCGAUCCAGUUGAGCCCCUGAAAUCUGUAUCCAAUUUUGGGUAAUGCGCCAACAACGGAUUAAUGUAACCAUACAACUAUACUCGUGCGGGUGCUUUCAUCAACCAGCAACCAGCUCCAUUUCACGUCUCUCAACCUGCACAUUUUCCCACCCACAGACAAACCCUUUCUGUUGGUCAUCGUUCGCGCUUGGUACUGAACGCCUCCUUAUCGUCAUAUUCUCAUUACUACAGUCCUUCCUCGUUACUGUUACAAUUAUUAAAAUGAAGAAAAUUUGUGAAUAAUACGUUAAAAACAUAAGAAUGCGAAAACCCGUCGUUCAAGUUUUUUUUUCUUCGCGUGUCUUACAGUACUGCAGCUAAGGCACAUUAUUAUUUUAGUUAUUUUGUAUAAGGGUAUUUAUGAAAUAAAUUCAACAAAAUUAAUUGAUCUUA